CCGUCUGGAGCCAUCGCACCUCAGUCCUCACAUGUUCAACUUGUCCGACUUGACAGACCGAGCAAUGCCACGAACGCCUUCUUCACCAAGCUUGACCCACUUCAACGAGCCGUUUAUCUCAGCCCUCGACGCAGCCUCCCCAACCAACGCCCAAGAUGAUCCAAACUACUACUCACGUUAUCCGCGCUCUCUCGUCAGUACGUCGAAUGUCGAGACGUUUAUGACAGGCACCGGUUCGGUCAUCUACAACUCACUCACACCACUCCUGGAAUCGACGGACCAUGAACUCAUUCUCGUGACCUGCUUCUGGGCACGCUCAUCUACCCUGGAGACGCUAAACUCCAUCUUGCGCAAACUGUCUGACAAGGCAAUCCUUCGUGGUACUGAAAAGAUAUGCGUGCAGCUGUGCUUUUCGUCAUCAUCAUUGUUCCAAAAACUAUUCCACAAGCAAUCCCUCACGGGCCAGACAUAUCCGCCUUCAGUAUGGACAAAGAAACUUGGUUUGCCUGAUCCUUCUGAACUUGGUGGCCUGGACUUGAGAAUCAAAUCAAUCUUCAUCUUACCGUUCAGCGUCAUGCACCCCAAAUUCAUGAUCAUUGAUCGAAAGACUGUCAUCUUGCCAUCCUGCAACAUUAGCUGGGAAGAGUGGUUCGAAGGCGCGGUUACAAUGUCUGGAUCUGUGGUAGAUCAGUUUCUCAAGUUCUACAGUGUGUUUUGGGAAAGACAGCCGGACAUUCUCCCUUUGGAAGAUGCAGACACUGGACAAGCAACGACGAAACCGAAGAUUGGUGAAGUUGGAUCCACUAUGGACUUGGGACACGGGCAUAUGAUAACCAAUCUCGCUCCAUCAAAAAGGAAACCAGUAAUUGCAGAUGUACCAACGGUCUUUCUCCCCAGCCCUCAUCGGCGGAACCCACGCUUCCAACCUUUUACGUCCUCGGAGCACAUUGUCGCACCGCCAACUCCCUUGAAUACCUUCUUACUCAGCCUUUUCGCGAAAGCAGAGAAGAGCAUACGUAUACAAACACCAAAUCUCACUGCGCCACCUGUCUUAUCUGCCCUGCGCAAUGCACUAGCUCGAGGAAUUAACGUACAAAUUCUUACCUCGGAACGGCUUAUGAUACUCGAGCAAUUAGUCACGGCUGGAACUACCACAUCGCAAUGCGUUAAGAGACUCAUAAAGCGCUAUCGAAAACUUUGUCAACCAAAUCCCCGACGUCCCGCAACAGACGAAGAAGCGGCGCUAGCCAGCUCUCGGCCUGGUCGACUCCAAAUAUCAUAUUUCGAACCUCCAAGUGGACCCAAGAAGAGGGGUCAAGAGGGGGGUGAGCCGCAGCAAAGUCAUCUCAAGUUGACGAUUGUGGAUGAUGAGGUGCUGGUGCUUGGAUCUGGCAAUCUCGACCGCGCAAGUUGGUUUACAAGUCAAGAGCUGGGAGUUGCAUUUUUUCACAAGGGCAUUGCGGAGAAGGUGGGAAGCACGUUGGAUCAAGCAAUGCAGGGUAGAAGUAAAACGGUGUUUGACAGUGGGGAGAUACAUUGACCUUUUUUUGAAUCAUUAGACAUCAGUGAUGUUCAGAGCAUUUUGUCCUUUAGCGAAUGCAAACAUCUUCACAGCAUUAUCAGUCUUCCCUCCAGAUCAUAGCGGCACUUGAAGGAGUAUUGAAGCAUGUAACCGAACAACGCUGAAAGCGGCCGUCACUUGGCUCGCCAGUGCCUAUUAACCUGUAGGCGAAUAGAUGGUGAGGAGGGUCUUUCGGGUCAAAGCCUUUAGCAGCGUAUGCGGAAGUUGUCAUAAAGUAGGAGGAUGUGGUAGUCU